CCAGAAUUACACCAAUGUUUUAAUAGUGACCAAUCUCUGCAGCCCUUAACAAGUUAUAUAUUGUUUUAUUUACGAUAUUUUGUAACAGGUUCUGCUUUUUCGGUUGCGAAUAAGAACGUGAAUUGGCACGAAGAUUCACUACUUAUUACGAAUAUCUUAAGGAUAAGAAAAACAAAGUCAGAAGCAACGAGCAUGACGGAUAUAGAAGUCGAUUUAGAAAAAGUAGACGGUGGUGCCAACGAGAAAGUCAAACCCGUCAAGAGUAGAAUUUAUUUACAAUUAAUAUCAAGCAUUGUAGUCAACCUAACACUACUGGCUUCUGGAGUAUGUUUCUCUUGGUCAGCAAUUGCUGUAGAACAAUAUGAAGACCUAGAAAAUGUCGACAAUGCAGGCUGGGUAGUUGUUGCGUUGAAUAUUGGUGCCGUCUUCGGACCUAUUCUAUCUGGAUUACUGCUAAAUCGCAUCGGCAGGAAAUGGCUCAUCUAUGCAACGAGCGUGCCAUUUAUCGCCUGUUGGGUACUCACGUAUUUUGAAAAAUCCUGGACGUAUCUUUUCGUGGCAAGAUUCUGCGCUGGUAUAUCGGUCGGUGUCUUAUACGCCGCAGUCCCACUGUAUAUCGGAGAACUGGUAGAGACAAAAAUUAGAGGAGUGUGCAGCUCGAUGAUGCCUGUGAUGCUUCAUUUGGGAUAUAUUUUCGUAUACGGAGUUGGUCCUCGAGUGGAUAAAAGGACGUUCGCAUUGAUGAAUAUAGCACCAAUAGCUAUAUUUAUGUUAACUGCUAUAUGGAUACCGGAAUCGCCCUAUUAUUACUUAAUGAAAAAGAAGGAAAAAUGUGCCGCGUUAACCAUGUCAUGGCUAAGACGUAAGAAUGACAAUAAUGACGAGAUAGAGGAGAUGAAGAAAUCGGUAGAAGCGGAAAGACAUGGUAGCUACAAGGAAUUAUUCGUGGUGAAGGCACACAGAAAAGCGCUUUUCCUCGUGUUGUUGUUACUUGCGGGUCAACAAUUUUCCGGAUAUAUGGGCGUUUUAUCCUAUGCCAGCACUUUGGUUCAAAGUUUCCAUACAAAUUUCGAUGAUAAUUUCAUUCUUCUGAUAAUAAGUGCGAUAUCUAUGAUUACAUCCUUAGCGUCUUCGUGUGUGGUCGACAAACUCGGUAGGAAACCUGUUUUCCUAAUAUCGUCGUACGGUAGUUCGCUAUGUCUUAUCGUCAUUGGAGUGUAUUUCUUGCUUGAGAAAAUAGAUAUGGACGUUCAUAGCUUCUCUUUGGUACCAUUGAUAGCGCUCAUAGUUUACAUUGUUAGCGUCGCAUUUGGUCUAGCCUCGAUUCCAGCGAUCAUCACCUCGGAGAUUUUUUCAAUAGACAUGAAAAAUUGGGCAACCAUGCUCAUUAAUAUUUACGGAUCCGUACUCGGCAUAAUUGUAGGCAAAUGUUACCAACUCGUAUCAGAUCAUGUUGGAAAUCACGUAAUAUUUCUCGCCUUUGCUAGUAUCGAACUUAUAAUUGCUAUCACUGCGUCCGUCAUCAUGCCGGAAACGUCACGAAAGACUUUCGCACAGAUUCAGCAAAUUUUAAAUAAAAGCACAGCUAAACAAUCGAAUAAGACGGAAGGUGGAGAAGAGGAAACGAAAUAAAAAACCUAUGCAUUCUAUUUAUUUAAACUUCUUCUGUGAUUUUCAUUGCAUCAUUGGAACCCUAUUUCAAACUGUUCAAUUACCACGGGAAAGUGUGAGCGUCUCAUAUACGUUCAUGCAUGCAAAUUCUUCAAACCUCUGGAAAUGUUAAUACGAAAUAAAUGAGUAGAAUAUUAAGAAAAAAAGAAUAAAAAACAUUUUAUUAUUAUAUGACAAUACUAAAUUUCAAACACCGAAAUGAGUAAGAUAGUGUCGCAUUCGUUUACGUUCUCUUGCCGUCUGGCUCACGAUCUUUGCAUUUGUACCUAUAACGUAAGAAUUUUAUCUCGUGAUUAUAUCAGUUGAUAAAGAAAUAAAAGGGAAAAUAUGAAAAUCAAAUAUGAAAAUCAGAUAUAAAAAUAAAAUAUAAGAAUAUACGUAUGUAUAUAUAAUAUAUAUUUACUUUCCUGCAAUUCCGCAGAAAAUUGUUUUGGGUUCUGCGUAGUUGUCCCAUUUAAAUUUAUCGGAUCGUUAUUGCCAUCACGGUCGCUUUCCACCUUAAGGAAGAAGAUAUUACUAAUACUGUGUCUAUUUUUAACAUUAAUGUGUUAUACAUGCAAAAUAAUAAACUGUCAUUUCUAUAAUAGAAGCAA